AAACUAAAAAGAAUGUGUCCACGUAGGAACAUCGGAACAAGAAUAUGCAACAAACGUAGAGAGAGAGGGUGUGUGUUUUAUGUUUUUGUGUUGUGUGAGAUCCAAACUUGCUUUCAUGGAUAUGGCCACCGUGUGUUAUCGCUGCUUAAUUCUCGCCAUUUCGCCAAUGUUGCUUUCCCAACGCAGAAAUUGAACCUUCACGCGAUUGCUGGUUUGCGGCUCUCCACUUGGUCUGAAAUACUCAUCAGUUUGUCAUAGAUACUAUUGGCCCUUGUAAAUAAUUCAAGGUUGGUUGGUUUGUGUGUAUGCGGCUAGAUAAACUUGGAAGAAGAGGGGAUUCUAUUUUUUCUUGUGGUGUAUGCAUUUAUUCCAUGUUUAAUUGCUGGAAGGUGUGUUUCUCUCUUUGGUUGUAAAAGCGUGUACAUGAGUUCUUGCUGCUGUUCAGUAUCCCCAAAUAUAUAUCAUCUUGGUUUUGGUUAUAGUUGAUCUGGUAUUUGGUCGUUGAGAAUUGAGACUUGGGUGUAAGUAGGAAGGAGAAAUCAGACAUGAAUUUGUUGGUUAAUCAGCUUUUUACACUUUUAGCCUUAUUACUAUAUCAGCACUAUGAAAAGAACUAGCAGCCUGAGUAGCUGAGAAAAUGCCAGAAAAUAAGACAGGAAACUUGUUAGGUACCAACACUGGUAAGGAUCCUACCAUGUUUCCUAAACAUGCCCAAGCUCAACCAGAAUUAUCCAGUGGUGUCUCAAAUACUGGACGUCAUGUAAAUAAUAACAAUAUUGCUAUACAGGCAGGAGAAGAAUUUUCUACAAAUGUUGGUUGUGAUGGAAUUGCUGCUGGAAGGGUUCCUGUUUCACCUGAUAUACCUCGACAUUGUGAGAAUGUGUUUGGGUUGAACAGGGAGAAUGGCCAUGUGAGAUAUGAAGAUCUUACUAAUAUUCUGGGGUUGAGGAGAAUGGACUCUGAGAGUUCUUCUGAUAUAUCUGACUUUGUCGCUAUAAAACAGCCAGCACAGGAGAUGGAAAAUGGAGCUUCUGCCAACAUUUUAAGCAAAAUUCAGAAGAGAGAUGGUGUGUCAAGGAAGGUUUUUCAAGAACCAGUUGGUGUCCAGUCUAGUCUCGCUUCAGCUGUAUCACCCCUUCGCAGAUAUGAAGCUUCUCAGUCCAAUGGAUUUUCCGGUUUGGGAAUUUUAGAUGAUUUUCAGUCUGGGAAAAUGAAGUUUCUAUGCAGCUUCGGUGGAAAAAUAUUACCAAGACCCAGCGAUGGGAAACUCAGAUAUGUAGGGGGAGACACACACAUUAUAUCUAUCCGAAAGGAUAUUUCAUGGGAACAGCUUAUGAAGAAGACCUUGGGUAUUUGCAAUCAACCUCACACAAUCAAGUACCAGCUUCCAGGGGAGGAUCUUGAUGCUCUAAUAUCUGUUUUCUCUGAUGAAGAUCUUCAAAAUAUGAAGGAGGAAUACCAUGGGCUUGAAAGGCAUGAAGGUUCUCAAAAACUUAGAAUAUUUUUAGUUCCUUUGGGUGAAUCUGAAGAGACAUCAUCGACAGAGGUAAGUGCUGUUCGGCAGAAUGAUCCUGAUUACCAAUAUGUUGUUGCCGUGAAUGGCAUGGGAGACCCUACUAGGACAAACAUUGGUGGGCAAAGUUUGACAAAUGAAGCCAGUUCAUUCGGGACAGAACCGAAUUUGGCUCCAGUUUUUUCGAAAAUUCCAAAUGCUUCUUCUCUGUUGGAGAUCAGGGAUGCUAUUAAUGCUUUAAAUCCAGAUGGAAUUUUGAAUGAUUCCCUGAAUUUCCAAAGGCCCUUGCCAAUUCCUCCCACUCCAAUCCAGGUAACAGGUUCUAGCACAGGUUAUAUACAAUUGCUCGGUAACAACUCAUGCCAGGGAAGUAUUGAGAGCAAUGCAUCAUUUGCUACUGCUCAGCUACAUACUGAGUACUCCAAUAUAAGAACUGCGGAUUGCAGAUACCCUCAACAAGUGGCUGCUACUUUGUCAAGCGAUACCCAUCCUUAUCAGCAUGGAGAUGUUGGUUGGCCCAAAAAGCUCAAUGGGCAUUUGGACUACAGUCCUGGCAAUGAAUUAGUGACUCCCUUAUGUGUUAAUCCAAGUGAUGGUUACAGUGAUGAAAUUUUUGGUGGAAGGUCCAUGCAAAAGGAAAGAAGAGUCUACUCUGAAAAUCCUCUUUCAUGCUUGGAUGAUCUAAUCUAUCAACAGGGUGAAUCUUAUGGAAUUACAGACUCCCCUCAUGGGAUGCCCCAUGCCUUAUCUGAUCCACAGUUGAACAAGAGUGGAGCAAGGUCUGGUUACAUCUCGCAAGAUGGAUUUGGUCAAUCUUUCUCCAUUAACCUUGAAAAGUGUCAAUUAUCUUCGAUGUUACCCCCUAAAGUCUCACAGGUGAACCUUAAGGAGAAUCAGCAUGAGUCCAUUGUCCAUCAUCCUCAAAUGCAAAGUAAGACACCAAAAGUUGAGUCAUCUGAGCCACACAAAAGGCAAGAUUUGGCAUCUUCUCCAUACUAUGAUUCAUUGGGAAUGAAUGAUCCUGUUCAUAUGAUGGAUAGCAUUAUAACUGAAAAAAAGAACCUUAUUGCUCAAACUGACUUGAGUGGACCCAGCUAUGUUGCUGAGGAUAUUCAGGAAAAUUCUGUAAAAUUAGAAAGGAUGAAGUUAAUUGAAGAAAAGAAUCCAAUUUUUAUUGAUAACAAGGUUCAUGAGGUGAAAUCAGCUGUCAUUGAUAUGGGACAUGUGCCUGAAUUGCAUCUUUUGGAGUCCUUCCCUGCUAAUAACUUCAAUGCUAUGAUUAAUAUGCAAAAGAAUUGGGAGCUACCUUCUGAGGGUAUAGUUCCUGUUUCAUCAGGCAUGAUGGGCCUCUCUCUAAAUAAUCUAGUGGGAAAGGCCCGAUCUGAUCUUGACAUGAGCCAAAGGACUAGUGAUCACAAAAAAUGUGCUUUGGCUGAAGGUCUGAAUGGUGAACAAGGGAUUGAUUUUUCAUUGACCAGAAAUUUUGAUUUAAAUGCUCCAAUUUUAAAUUGUGAAGUAGGCUCUUGUGACAAAUUUUCUCAAGGAGAUCAUAUGUUCAAGCAGUCCAUUCACCCAGAUUCUCUUAAAGCCAAACAAAUUCAUCCUUGUAAGAAUCAGAGGGCUGCAGGUUUUCAAGAAAAUCCUACUGUAAGCUCUGCAAGUUUGUAUCCUUCUGCAUUUCGUGAUGAUCUCAGUCCAAAUCUAAACAUGCCAUUGAAUGACCAGGAUAAUUCAAGCAAUAUUAUGUCUUUUAAAAUUGCACCAUCUUAUCUUGAUGACUUUAUUAUCAGCACUGGUCAAAUGGUGAGUCAGAUUAUCCCCGAAUACUCUGCCUCUGGAAUGUCAAAAGUUGAAGAUAAAAUUUCAGAACAAUCAAGAAGGUGUAAUGAUGUAAAUCGAGUGGAGCCGUUUGUUGUAGUAGAAGACAUGAAUGGUGUUGUUUGUCCAUAUAUUUCAGAGGAUGUUGGAAGUGUUGUUGUAUCCCUAUCUCAUACAGAAGCUGAGAGCAUCGUCCCUGAGUCUGAAUCUGAGGAUUUUAAUGACAAUCAAACAGACAAAAAUGAAUUCCUUUCUGAUGCAAUGAUAGCAGAAAUGGAAGCUAGCAUUUAUGGUUUACAGAUAAUAAGGAAUGCUGAUCUUGAAGACCUUACGGAGUUAGGAUCUGGUACUUAUGGAACUGUUUAUCAUGGAAAAUGGCGGGGAACAGAUGUUGCUAUAAAGAGAAUUAAGAAGAGCUGCUUUGCAGGGAGGUCUUCUGAGCAAGAACGGUUGGCAAAAGAUUUCUGGAGAGAGGCACAAAUCCUCUCAAAUCUUCACCAUCCCAAUGUGGUUGCAUUUUAUGGAAUAGUACCGGAUGGGGCUGGUGGAACCCUAGCAACUGUAACAGAGUAUAUGGUUAAUGGUUCCCUUAGGCAUGUCCUUGUAAAGAACAACAGAUUACUAGAUCGUCGUAAAAAGCUAAUAAUUGCCAUGGAUGCAGCUUUUGGUAUGGAAUAUUUGCACUCAAAAAAUAUUGUCCAUUUUGAUUUGAAAUGUGACAAUUUACUUGUCAAUCUAAGGGAUCCACAACGACCCAUAUGCAAGGUUGGAGAUUUUGGAUUAUCAAGAAUUAAACGUAAUACCCUUGUAUCUGGUGGUGUGCGGGGAACCCUUCCAUGGAUGGCACCGGAGCUGUUGAAUGGGAAUAGCAGUCGGGUUUCUGAAAAGGUUGAUGUUUUCUCAUUUGGCAUCUCAAUGUGGGAGCUAUUAACAGGAGAGGAACCUUAUGCAGAUAUGCAUUGUGGUGCCAUUAUUGGGGGUAUUGUAAAGAACACUCUUAGACCUCCUGUGCCUGAACGGUGUGAUUCUGAAUGGAGGAAGCUUAUGGAAGAGUGUUGGUCACCUGACCCUGAAAGCCGGCCAUCCUUCACAGAGAUAACUAGCAGGUUAAGAUCUAUGUCUAUGGCCCUUCAAGCAAAAGGGAGUCAUCAGGCAUAUCAGUUAAGACCUGCUGGAGCUUCCUGAAACAGCCACAUUUUAUGCAUGUUUGAUGGUGCAGGAUUUUCAUUGUACAGUAGUGUCUUUAAAGAAGCAGUCAAGAUUGGAAUUAACAUGCUUUCAGGGUUACGACAACACUUACCUAUUUGUUUCUUGUGAUUUCUUUUAGCUAUGAUAUCUUCAUUUGUUUAUUCUUUUUUUUUUUUUUUUGUAAAAUCCAGGGUUGAGAUCAUGGUCUAGUAGGAUUGCUCAGAUCUAUAAAAUUUUGUACUUGGGGCAUGGUAGAACAUUUUGCCAGAAGAUAUAUAAAAAAAUAGGAAAGAAAAGGUGUCUUUAGUGUAUGUAUACAAACACUAGUGCGUGUAAUAUUUGUUUUGAUUGAUGUGAGUAUCCUCUUUCCUUUUA